AUGAAGUUCACUUCACUUGCUCUAUGUGGUGCUGCGUUGCAGCUUGUCCAGGCCAGCCCGGUCACCAAGCGUGCUGGUGGUGUCUCUGAUGCCGACAUUCUAAACUAUGCACUAACUCUCGAACACCUCGAGGCCGCCUUCUACGAAGAGGGUCUGAAGAACUACACGAAGCAGGACUUCAUGGACGCCGGGAUGAUGGAGACAUUCUAUAACAACAUCAAGUCGGUCGGAAUGGACGAGAAGGCCCACGAGCAGUUCCUCACCCAGGCCUUGACCAAGGCCGGCGCAAACCCCGUCGCCCGAUGCAACUACUCCUUCCCUUCCACCGACGUCAAGAGCUUCCUUGCUCUCGGUAACAUCCUCGAAGGCGUCGGCGUCUCCGCCUACCUCGGCGCCGCCGCAUCCAUUAUGGACAAAACCUACCUCACAGCAGCAGGAAGCAUUCUCACCGUGGAAGCACGGCACAGCGCAUACCUGCGCGCCGCGCUGGGCGAGUCACCCUCCGCCCAACCCUUCGACAACCCCCUCGACUUCAACGAGGUGUACACCGUCGCCUCGCCCUUUAUCGUCUCUUGUCCUGAUAGAAAUGAGCAGCUCCCUGUGAAGGCGUUCCCUUCUCUCACUAUGAGUUCCAUGGAUAUGGACGCUGUUAUGACGGGGCAGAAGGUCGAGUUUAUGGUUGGAGAUGGGUUUAAGGAUAUGAAUUCCGCUGAUGUCCAUGCGGCUUUUGUUACUGUUACUGGACCCGUUUGGGCGGAUGUUAUGUCCUCUGGACAUGGGAAGUAUACUGCUACGGUCCCCAAGGGUGUUGCGGGGCAGAGUUAUGUUGUUCUUACGAACGGGGAUAGCCAAGCGACGGAUGACAAUAUUCUUGCUGGACCCGCUAUUAUUGAGGUAAAUUGA